AUGUCGAGUUGUGGAGUCGACCGAUUAACACCGUCAGUCACCCAGCAUAACAAACGAUGUAUCAAUUGUUCAUUUUUGAUACCCAGAAACCUACCUAUACAUUCAUUGGAACAAGCAUCUACUUCAAUGAUUAAUUUGUUACAGUCGUGGAUAACUCCUACUCAGUUGUCUUCAGAAUGUGUGCUUUGUACAGAAUGUUUGACACUGCUUCAAGAUCAAGCAAACACAAUUAGUGAAGGAUUGCCUGCUUUUGGUCAUAGAAGUAUAUGUUUUACGUGUGGAAAUUCUAUUCUACGUGCAACUAGAACAUAUCCUGCAAGACAAGAUCGACAAGAGAGAAACAUUUUAGUUAGACACGUUCGGCUGCAUCAGAUCUCUAGAUUGGAAAGAGUAUGUGCUGCUUGCUGGAGAUCAGCUACAAGGGAAUUGCAACGUCGUGAUCAGCAAGACUCCAAUCGCCCUGGUCUGUCAGAAGCUAUUUUGCCUGAUGUUGGAUCAAGUAGCGAUCUCAAUAUUCCUGAGCUGCCCCCUCCUCCACAACAAAACCUACACACUGCUCAUGUUAGAUCAAAUCCAACAAUUAGGUCUUCAGUGUAUAAGCGUGCGGCUAGGACAUCCAAUCACUGUAUAUUUGUUAAUUGUUUUGAAACAGAACAUUUACUAGUACCCUCAUCUAUAAAAGAUCUGUUAUUACUUAAUAAUAAAUUCUAUGUGCCACCAGCAGCACGAAUCUGUCGUCACAACUUGGAUCAUGGCCGUUGGAGCGAAUUAACUUCUCAGCUAAAAGAUUUUACUGGUAGUCAAUUCGACUCAAUUAUGAGAAUAAUGCAGCGAGCUGCCUAUUACCAUAUAGAUUUCUCAAAUAUUUUAAUUAUGCCUACAUAUUUGUGUCACUUUUGGUUAGGCAUGAACUCCGAUCAGUUUUAUAAUUUGUUAAACGGUAUCCCAAGUAUAGCAGGACAAGUACCAAAUGCCACGGUUGCUUUAAGCAUUUACUUAGUAAAGCUUAGAACUGGUGAUAGUAAUGAAAGGUUGGCAACUCUCUUUAAUAAAUCUCAUGUCACCUUAGAACGCUUAAUGAAUAAGGCCAGAACAUGUUUAAUUAAUGAGUUUGUUCCAUUGUAUUUAGGAUUUAAUCAUAUGAAUGUUGAAGAUGUUGCUUCUAGAAAUAGAAUAAUACCAGAAGGAUUAUUUGAAGACCCACCAGAAGCCAUGGAAUAUGUAAGAAUUGCUAUUCUUAUUAUCCACAUUUAG